AUAAUAAAUUGGCUCCCCCUCCCUCAUGCAUCUUUGGUUCAUUGACAGGAACAACAGGGGAGGUUGUCAGUCUGAGCAGACAGUCAAGAAUGAAUGUGUGUGCGCUUGAGCAUAUCAUUAUUUAAUUUCUUUUUUUUUUCCCCGUUCUUUGAAUUAGUUAAUUCUAUUCAUUUAAAUAUUUUGAUUAUUCAUAUCUUUAUUAUUUAAAUAUUUUUAUAAAUAGAUUCGGCUCUUCUGAUAUGCGUGCCGGCUCCCAACGUUCACCUACAAGAACCGGAUCUUAGAGUCGACUCAUUCGCGAACGACCCAUCACUAGUGCAGACCAAAUGUGCUUGGAGGCGAUACUGUGAACAAAUGACAGAGCUACCGUCCAAGGACAAUGGUAUUUGGAUCACACGACGAGGAUCUACCCAAGUGGUGUGUCUGAUUGUCACACGGAGAGCUGCAUGCAGAGGGAGGAGAUCGAUUAACGUUUAAAGGCGCAAUAUGGAAUUAUUCGGUGUUCUUUAUCUCCCACAGAUAACGGGACAGAAUGCGCGUGUGUGAUGCGGGCGAGCGCGCACGCUGCAGUAUCCGCGCAGAGGCGCGUGAGCUCUCGGCAGUGUUGUAUAUGUGUCAAAUGGUAACGAAAAUGGUGCGGUAAACAAACAGGGCGCUUUUACAUAUGUGUUAUAAAGCAUAUCUGUUUUAAGUAUCUAUUAAUGUGUUUUCGUUUCGAUAAAAUCACGGAGCCAGCGCAGGAAAACUGCGUCUACAUCGAUAAACGGGGUCAGGGCAGAGGGACGGUUGUUUUUCUUGUCAUUAUCUAUAGAAAGGAAAUGAGUUUUACAGUGACAUAGAUAAGCUACUGCUGGUUUAUCUAAAAGUCUGUUAUGUUGGUGUGUCAGUCGGCGCCUUUGUGCUAGUCACGCGACUGUUAAAACAUAGGAGCUCGCGCUGUCCGUCAGGAUGGCAUCCGGUGCUGGUGGGGACGUUAAGCCGUUCCCGUGCCUGUGUGAGGAAUCUACUCAGGGUUUGAAAUCUAAGAGCCUCCCUGCCCUCAGCGGUGGACAGGCUCCGGAACAGGAGGCAGAUCAGACACUACUCUCAGCCCCGCACAGCUCGCCUCGGUGCGGAUCCCCAGUUCGGACGGAGGGUCGUGAUUCGGAGGGUCGCGGCGCUGCUGCGCUCUUGGCGUUCCGGCUGCCGCGGAUGCCGGUGAGGCGCUAUGUGGACAGGAUCCUGUCGGACUCUCGCUGUUUCCUGUUCUGCAUGUGUUACCUCACAUUCAUUCAGUCUCUGAUGGUGUCCGGAUAUCUCAGUAGCGUCAUCACCACCAUAGAAAAACGCUACAGUCUUCGGAGCUCAGAGUCAGGUUUGCUGGUCAGCUGUUUUGACAUUGGAAGUCUCCUCGUUGUGGUCUUCAUCAGCUACUUUGGAGGGCGGGGCGAGAGACCAAGAUGGCUGGCUGUAGGGGGCGUGUUCAUUGCAGUGGGUGCCGCCCUCUUCUCCCUACCUCACUUUAUAUCUCCGCCCUAUCAACUGGAGGAGCUGAACAGCAUGGUAGGGAGUGAGGGGCUCUGUGCCAGUGGAAACAGCAGUGGACAAGAGAAGCAAGUGCUGUCUAGGUGCCAGCGGGACAGAGAAGAGAGUGAGCAUGCCCUGUAUGUGGCGCUGUUGAUCUGCGCUCAGAUCCUGGUUGGAAUGGGAUCGACUCCCAUUUACACACUGGGACCAACUUACCUGGAUGACAAUGUGAAGAAAGAGAAUGCAUCACUAUACCUGGCUAUCAUGUAUGUGAUGGGAGCUCUUGGACCAGCUGCUGGAUAUUUGCUGGGAGGGAUUUUGAUUGGAUUCUAUGUUGACCUUGGUACCAUUGUCAAUAUUGACCAGAGCGACCCGCGUUUUGUAGGAAACUGGUGGAGUGGGUUUCUCUUGUGUGCUGUGGCAAUGUUGUUGGUGAUCUUCCCCAUGUUCUCCUUUCCUAAAAAACUACCACAGCGCCACAAGAAAAGUAAGAGGCAUGUGAAAAAGAGUCCAGGCGAUGUCUCCAGUGAUGAUGAAAUGAUGAAAGAAAAGAGCCAGGCUGUCUCAUCCUCCAUAGGUUUUGGCAAAAACAUCAAGGAUUUGCCAAAAGCAGCAGUGCGUAUUUUGAGUAAUGUGACGUUUUUGUUUGUGAGUUUGUCGUAUACGGCGGAAUGUGCCAUCGUAACGGCCUUCAUCACUUUCAUUCCCAAAUUUAUUGAGUCUCAAUUUGCCGUUCCAGCGUCUAGUGCCAGUAUAUACACAGGUCUGAUCAUCGUACCCAGUGCAGGUGUGGGUAUAGUUUUGGGCGGGUACAUCAUCAAGAAGCUGAAACUUGGCGUAAGAGAAGCAGCGAAGCUCGCCAUGAUCUGCAGCGGAGUUUCCCUUCUCUGCUUUUCCACGCUUUUCAUCGUCGGCUGUGAGAGCAUUAACCUUGGUGGAAUCAAUAUCCCUUACACCACGGGGCCCACGUUGACUCUGUCUCAUCGUAACCUAACGGGAAGCUGUAAUGUCAACUGUGGCUGCAAGAUCCACGAGUAUGCACCUGUCUGUGGCUCUGAUGGCAUAACCUACUUUAACCCAUGUCUGGCUGGCUGCAGCAACAUCGCCAACCACACCUCAGGAAUCAGAAACUAUUCAGACUGCGCAUGUGUUCAGAGCAGACAGGUGAUCACACCAUCAGGAGGGAACCAUGAGCUGCAGGUGGUGAUUGUGAAGACGUACCUGAACGAGAAUGGUUACGCACUGGCAGGAAAGUGUGAACGCACCUGUGGAACACUCAUCACCUUCCUCAUCUUUCUCUUCAUCGUCACUCUCAUAACCGCCUGUGGUCAGCCGUCUGUCAUUAUCGUUACGCUCAGGUCAGUGGAGGAGGAAGACCGACCAUUUGCUCUGGGAAUGCAGUUUGUUCUUCUCAGGACUCUUGCCUACAUCCCCACUCCUAUCUACUUUGGAGCUGUGAUCGACACCACCUGUAUGUUGUGGCAGCAAGAUUGUGAUUUCCAUGGGUCGUGCUGGGAGUAUGAUGUCACUUCCCUUCGGUUUGUUUACUUUGGGUUGGCAGCAAGUCUGAAGUUCCUGGGCUUCCUCUUCAUAUUUCUCACCUGGUAUUCUCUGAAGCGGCAUGAGGAGCAGACACAUGCACACACGCACACACACACAAUUUCUUCGCUGGACACAGUGAGCCACCUCAUCUGCCAUGCUGGAGGUCACAAAGGCCACGCCCGUACACGCUCCUGUCCUGUUUUCCUGCCACGCCUACCUGAACACUCCCACGCUGCCAUUCCAUCGGGACAUGCCCUUAGCCGUGGAAACAGUUGCCCUGGAAAUGGCCUGAAAGCAGUAACUCCACCCAUACGGUCUCUUGAGAAAGUGGUAGUGUGAGAAGUGGAAUCAUGCACACACCCAAACACUUGCAUACACACUUAAACUUAAAGGGUUAGUUCACCCAAAAAUGAAAAUUCUUUCAUCAUUUACUUACCCUCAUGCCAUCCUUGAUGUGUAUGACUUUCUUUCUUCUGAAGAACACAAACUAAGAUAUUUUGAAGAAUAUAUAUCAGCUAAUGAUGGCCAGACCUUUAAAGCUACAAAAAGCAUAUAAAGACAACAUUUAAGUAAUCCAUUUAGCUCCAGUAUUGACCUCCCCUCAGACCAAACUACUCCAGUAGUAGUCUUUUAAAGUGAUCCAGUUGGUUUUGGGUGAGAAAAAAUAUAUAUACCUUUUUCACUGUACAUCUUGCCAUUGCAAUCUCUAGGUACGAUCAUGAUUUCAAGCUUGAUUACACUUCUUAGUGCUUGACAAAUGCGCAGAGCACUUGAUGGCGCUAUAGGAGGUGUAAUAAAGCUUGAUAUCAUGAUCACCAAGGAGACUACUGUCAAGAUUUAUAGUGAAAAAGGAGUUAUAUUUUGGUUGUUCUCACCCAAAACUGACUGGAUCGCUUCAGAUGACAUUGAAUAACCCAAUGGAGUAUUAUGGAUUAUUUUUAUGCUGCUUGAACCUUCUGAGUUCUGGCCACCAUUCACUUGCAUUGAAUGGACCUUCAGAGCUGAAAUAUUCUUCUGAAACUCUUCUUUUGAGUUCUGCAGAAGAAAGUCAUACACAUCUGGGAUGGCAUUACACCAUGUCCUAACCAGAUGUGCAGCGAUACACGAUAAAAGGUAUCUUUUCUUCAUUAAUCAGAGUUUUUGUCCUAACCAGCCGUGACGCAUGACGAGCGACAAUGACAGGGCUUUCUAUUUUUGAAAUGGUUUCUAUUUCUGCAAUGUCACGCCAGACAGCGCAGCCAACAAAUUGGUCUAAAAUUAUUAUUUUUACAGUAUAUUAAAGCCAGCAUCUCACUAGCCAACUUGAUUUUGGCGAAAGUGUCACACACCUACCAAAUGUUGUGCUUAAGGUCUCGUUCUCUUCAGCAAGAGCUCUGUCACACACGCACCGGUUCAGAAUGGCAGUGGGGAGACAUGCUGUCUCAUCCGCGCUUCCCUGUUACGUGGAUAUUGGCGAAAUAAAAACAGGAGUGCCGCGUGAGCAUAAACAAUCAUGACAGACUGAAUAAGGAUGUAAUUCAUAAAGUAACUUUUCCCUGUGUAUGUGUGUGAUUGUGUAUUUAUCCCCUUGGGGCAUGCCGUAGAAAGCGUUAUGGAGCUUAUGUGAGAACAUGAGUUGCGUUCAAUAAACAGACUGUUCUGUCUGUGAUUGCUCUCUUUUUUAUAUUUUAUUAUCAAUUAUAUUAAUAUUAGUCUAUUAAUAUUGCGGUAAUGUCGCAAUACAGUAUAAACUGCACACCUGGCUGUGGGUUAAUGUCGCGCCUGAUGUGGACAGAUGGAAUGUUUGUCUCUGGAAUGUUAUCACGUCGUGUCUGGUUAGGACAACGUGUUAGGCAUGGGUAAAUGAUGAGAGAAUUUUCAUUUUUGGGUGAACUUUUCAUUUAACACCUGAUUCACAAAUACUCUGUGAGAGGGGCUUGAGCAAGCCGGACGUGUUGGGCUUUUCACAUUGGCCGCAUCUCUUCUGCUUUUUGUUGGUUCGGUUGAAAUAUUUUUCAUUUGCUUUUGGUCUUUUCUAUAAUCUCCUGAUUAUUUUAGGUUUCUACAACACCCAGAGCCACUAAGUUCAGCGUAAUCCACGCAGCAAAAAAGGCUCAAUACCGAAACUAUCCGUUCACUGACACUUCUGGGAUGCUACACCUCGUGGGUCCCACUUGCAAUGUGAAGACUGUAAUCUGUUAAUAUGGGCGCCAAACCAAAAAUGCGCUUCUCACACCUCGCUCACAGAAUAUAUGUGAAUCUGGCCUUAAACGUUCUCGUACACAAGCAUGCAAACUCAUACAUCAUACAAUUGUGAGGGCCAGGUAUAAAUGUAAACCACGUUGCUUAUAGCCAUUGCUGGUAGCUUUUUUUAAAACGCACACAAUUACUACACACAUUAACACAGUAAGCUCGUAAAGCACUGAUUAGUUGAAAUACUUUUUGGACACAGUACCUAAGCAGGACAUAUACAUCUAAUCUUCGUCAUGUACAAAUACAUACACACACUUACCAUAUUCAUCUCAUCUCCCCAUCCUGUUACCUAUAAGUGUUGUUCGUGCUCCUACUCUUCUGCUGUAAUCUUUUCCUGUACUGAAGAUUGAUACAUUUACUUGUUUACCUUCUUGAUUCAACCGUUCAGUUUUGCAAGCUUUACUAUGCAAACUCCUUCCAUACUAGUCCCUCCCAAAUGGUAAACUCCUCCCACAGCAAUGGCUCCACACAAAAAUUAUAAUCACCAUUCUGAAUCAUAAACUCCUCCCACAGUACUGGUACCACCCAAACCAUACAUGCCCCUCCCAAGCUGUAAUCCCCUCCCAUAGUACUUGCACCACCCAAAACAUAUUAGCCCCUCCCAUAACACUGACUCCAACCAAACCAUAUACGCCUCUCCCAAACCGUAAACCCCUCCCACAGCACUGCCUCCACCCAAACCAUAUUAGCCCCUCCUGAAUCGUAACCCCUCUCACAGCAGUUCCACCCAAACCAUAUUAGCCCCUCCCAAACCGUUAACCCCUUUCACAGCACUAGGUGUGUCUGACUUCAUGCAGCCCUAUGCGGACCAAUUGGUGCAGGAUUUGAAGCAGUGCAUGUUGGUUAGAAAAUGUGUCCAACUUUAGGCAGCGCCACUGCCGCAUUACCGUAACGUAUGCCAUCAAAGUACAGCGAGAGUGAUUCGAGAGCAGCCUUCUGGCUCAGCUGCUGCAGUUGCUCCAGAGGAGCUGCACAAUCUCUGAAUGAUGACACAGCUUAUUUGCGAUUGGCCAGGCUUGCAAAGUGGCAACUAUUAAUUUCAACUGCUUCCCUGACUGAAACCGUCAAAUUCGAAGAUCGGUAAAUCAAGAUGCAGUUCACGUCAAACACACCUACUGUCUUCCCCAAACUCGUAUUACCUCCUCCCACAGCAUUUCCUCCACCAAAACCAUAUUAGCCCCUCCCAAAUCAAAAAUCCCUGCCACAGUACUUGCAUCCCCCAAACCAUAUUAGCCCCUCCCAAAUGUAAACCCUUCCUUCAGCACUGACCUCCCCCAAACCAAAUUAGACUCUCCCAAACUGUAAACCCCUACCACACCACUGACCUCCCCCAAACCAAAUUAGACCCUCCCACAGCACUGACUUCUCCCAAGCCAUAUUAGCCCCUCCCACAUUACUGACUCUACCUAAAUCACAUUAGCCCCUCCCAAAAAAGCACCUCCCACAGCACUGACCUCUCCCAAACUAUAUUAGCCUCUACCAAACCGUAAACACUUCCCACAACAUUGAUCUACCCCAAACCAAAUUAGCUCCUCCCAAACCAUAAACCGCUGCCACAGCACUGACCUCCCCCAAACCAUAUUAGCCCCUCACACAUUACUGACUCUUAACUAAACCAUAUUAGCCUCUCCCAAACCGUAAACCCCUCCCACAGCACUGACCUACCCUAACCCAUAUAAGCCCUUCCCACAGUACUGACUCCAUCCCAAACCACGUGUAAACUAUAGAAAUUCCUAUUUUAAAUUCCCAUAUUCCAACUCUGUGCAGCGUGAAACUCCCUAAUUUUUAAUCUGUUUUCAUUUGCUGUGCUUUAAACUCUUAAAUUAGUUUGACAGUGAUGGUGAGUUUACAAUAGUUGAUGCAACACAUCUAUUCAAAUAAGCUUUAUUUGUGUCUUUUCAUCCUAAUAUUUGACUUGUGCAUCAUAUCAGUAUUCUAAUGUUUUUCUUUAUCUUGAUUGCAUCUGAUUUUGGAGGUCAGCAGUCAUCUCUGUAAAUGAUAUGCACACACACACAAUACUAAUAUGAGACAUCAUCUCAUGUACAGUACACCAACAUCACAUAUACUCUUAAAAACAUUAUCUCACAUCUCUCUAGAUGGUGUCCUGCUAGCACUGAAAUUGAGCCAGUAUUAGUGGUGUUGAUGAAAACACAAUUACUGUCAGCAGAAAUCAACUUCACUCCUGAUCACUGUUGGACUUCAGUAAAAACAGAGCAGAAUUGACACAAGUACUGAGUAACCACUGAUGAAAAAGUAUGUAUGCUGCAUUUUCCCCUCCCUCUUUCCCGACCCUUCCUCUGUUAUCGUGCUCUGUUUGCAAACAGAAGACAUAUUUAUUACAAUGAUUUAUUCAAAGUUACUUUGAAGUACUUGAAGGUUUGUCUAAUCAGAGGCAAACAUGGAGUAACUUUAUUAACUGGUUUGGUUUACAUGUACAAAUAAUUGAUUUGUGUCAAUAAAAUGC